GUAACAAAGAAGAAGAAGGAGGUGCAGGUCUCUCACAGGAGUUGGGAGAGGGGGAGGGGCAGGGAAGGAGGUCGCAGGUCACGCGGGCGGGAUGACGAUGACGAUGCUGGGACACAUGGGAAGUCGAUCGAUCAGGGAGCCGAUCGGCUGUUCACUGUGGACCGACACGGCAUAGCCCAGUGGGUGAAUGAUUGAGUGGGUGAUUGUGUGCUCGAUGUAAUGAGUGCGAGCUGAGUGUGUCGAUUAUUGAUUUUGCUACUGUUUUCUGGUCCCUCGACCGGAGCUGCAUUUACGGUCCCUCACUUGUGCGAGACAUCAGUGGUGACUUCGGUAAGUUGGUGGUUCAUAGAUUACUCCAUUUUGGCUGAUUCUAACGAGAGGUGAACAAUCAAAGGAUUACUGCAGACAGGCGAACAUCAUGGGGAGCUCUCCUUCGAAGAAAAUAGAGGAAACUCUGGAGGCUUCUCAUACGUUUCAAGCAGCUGUGGAUGCAAGCUAUGAGGAAUGUAUGAUACUUUCACAGCACAUCUUUCCAGGUCUCCAGGCCUACCAGCUUUUAGACGCUGCAGAGAGGAUAUACGAAAAGCUUACAGCUGAUGAAGAAGAGAAGGAAGAAGAUGCUGUUCUACUGUACAAAGAGAGAUGGCUUCCUCAACCACCCACACAGAUGGAUGUUGAUCGAGCUAUUGUAAAGGAGAAGCUUUUUGCAGGAGACAAAAGGGUUAUAGCUCUAGACGACUUUCGUAUUUUUGCCACAACCUUAUUCAGAGACAUGGGCCUGACAACUGCUAGUCAUAGAUUGGCCGUCUACGUCCCUGUCAGCAGCAUCAGUGUUUUGUGUGCACAUUUGGUUGUGAAAAAACUCCCGCUAGUGGGGCCUGCAUAUAGGGCCGGAGGUCCCCUGAUGCCAGGUUUGCUGCUGGGUUCGAUAAUUGGAGUAGUCGUCUCACAACUUAAAUUUACGUGAAGACGGGUCCUCAACAAGCUGGCUUGUGCUAAUCUUGUUCCGUUCUUAUUGUAAAUCACGUCUUAGCAGAUUUUGUUCCUAGGAUGUACAUGUGGAGUUAGAGUGAUUUCUUUGAUCCUCAUCUUUUCAAAGAUGUAAAUGGAUAUUUCCAACCAUCGAGACUCUAGUCUUAAAGUCUCAAACGUGUGUAUAUAACUCUGGACAAUCAGUCAUUUGGAUUUUACCAAGUUAUCCACGGAAAUCUAGGUCACCGAUGUAUUUCGGCUUCGAUGUAAUGAUACUUUGUAUGUUUAUAAGUUUCUUAAAACCCGACUAU